AUGCAGGUUUGCAGAGUAGUUGAAAAUAGGGGAAAGAAAAAAACUACAACUUCCAUAGAACAUGUUCCCAAGGAGUACCGGGAUGGAGCUCUUAAAAAGGAUGUGAGUACUGAUGUUAUAGUUUUUCGCAGCUUUGUUCUAGAAAGCACAUUCAGGGCAAUAACAAGGAAGUCAUUCAACCCUAACAGACAACUCUACGUUAAAUUCAGCGGGGAAAUGGGGGAUGAUUAUGGAGGCCCUCGGCGGGAAUUUUUUAGGCUUUCCUUGAAGGAAUUAAUGAAUUCCUCAAUAUUUAAUGGGCAAGAAGGCCAAAAGUAUCUCUCACACGAUGUAACAAGUUUGGAUGAAGGAAAGUACAGACUAGCAGGGAGAUUGGUAGCAUUGUCACUUGCACAAGAUGGUCCAGGUUUACAUAGUCUUAGUACUACCCUGUAUGAUCUCAUGACAGACUUGGACCCAGAUAUGUCAUCGGCCAGUGUUCCAGAAGAUAUACAACAUAUGAUUACACAGAUCAAAGAAGUUGACAAUGACACAAAGAGGGACAAAUUCCUUACUGAAUACAUGGACUGGUUCAUUGACAGGGGUUUCAAUGACAUUUACAAAAUGAUUCUGAAUGAGAAAGACCGCCUUAUUCAAAUGAUGAUGAAGCACUUCAUAUUCUACAGGACAUUGGCAGAAAUCACAGAGUUUACACGUGGGCUAAAUGAUGUUGGACACCUGUGGGAAGUAGUCACACGACAUAGAAAAUUGUUCAAGCCCAUAUUUUGUCAUAAGCCUACUGGACUGACCAAAGAUGUGGUUGAUGGUCUUUGUAAGAUAGAGUUUUCUGAACCAGGGUCUAAUGCCAGAAAAAUGGAGGAUGAAACUAUCUACAGUUGGGAAGUUGUUCUGCAAGAUAUCCAAGAUGAAAACGUACGUUUAACGUUGGAAGAUUUGCUGGUAUUCAUGACUGGAGCAGAUCAAAUUCCAUUUUGUGGCUUUGACAGAAAGAUAGAAAUUAUGUUCUAUGAUCAGGAAGAUGGAGUGACAAGACUACCCAGUGUUUCAACAUGUGGCCUGCAGAUGUGGCUUCCAAGAGGAGUUGGAGAGCCAGAUACCAUAUCAUCUUUCAUUCAAACUGCUGUCAAGGGAUCACAGGGAUUCCAUAAAAUGUAGUGUGCUGCAAGACUUAAAAAUGUACAACAGAUGUGUGUUGAAUUGUUCAAAUUGUUUGUGACACUGUUUUUCCAGCCAGGUUUAAUAUU